AUGAAAGUCACAAUAACAUUAUUAGUUGUCUUAGCUCUUGCUAAUGCUGGUAUGGUUUAAAAGUUCCCAAUCACAUAUGGAGGAAAAAGAAGCAUCAUGAACAUCAUGGUUGAAGUUGAAAACAAAAUUAAAGCUCAUUCACCACUUGAUACAAUCAGAGGAGUUCUUGAUAACUUCAAAUCAGCUGUUGCUUAAGAAUAAGGAACACACGAUGAAGUCUAUGGAGCUUAAUAAGCUGAAUGCUAAAGUGAAAUAGCUUACAGAAGAGCAGAAGUUGAAGAUGCCACAACCACACUCAGAAUUGCCAAUGGAAUUCUCAAGACUUCCACCGUCUUAUUGAAGAAAACUUAAGCCACCAUUGGAGAAACAGAAAACAUCUUAAAUACUGUUUCAUUACAUAUUGGACUCAUUAAUGACGCCAGAAAGGAAGACACUUAAUCUUACAACAGAGGUGCCGUUACAUUCAAUGAUGCCAUUAACGCCAUUGAUGAUUCCCUCGAUUUGGCUGCUGCUUUAGCUAAAGGAAAAGCCAGUUUGAUCUAAGUCGCUGAAAUGACAACCAAAUUGAUGAAGGCUUCAGUUGCCACAAAGAUGAACAAAGCUUUCAUGACCCCAUUAGCUGCUUUAGCUUAAAUCACAUAAGAAGAUGAUGCUGCAGGUGCUGCUGAAAGACUUGCUCAAUUAUUAUAAACCUUGAGAACCGUCGUUGAAGAAGCAUGGUCCUCAUACACAGCUGAAAAUACCAAUGCUUUGGCUCUUUUCACUUAAUAAAAAGAUUUAUAUCUUGCUUCAUAAUCCAGACUUGAUGCCUCAAAAGGAAGAUUAACAACCAAAGCUGAAAACUUAUAAGGAGUUAUCUCAGUCUAAACUGCCGUUGCUUAAGCUGCCACAAACAAGAAAUAAAGAAACUAAACCUUAUGGGAUGAUGCCGCUGAUUUAUGCCACAGUUUCGAUGUUGAAUAUGAAGCAGUCACUGCAGGAAGAAGAUAAGAAUUAGUUUUGGUCUAAGAAUUAGAAAGAUUAGCUGAAAGAAGAGCUGCUGAAUAAUAAUGAAGUAUUAAUAAAAUAUUUCAAAAUUAAUGAAAUUCUAAUUCCAAAUUCAUUUAAGCUUUCUUUCUAUGUUUCU